AUGGAAUCAGCUACACAGAAGAGCGCCUUGACUCAAAGCGAGCAGCACUAUUUCAAUUCUUACGAUCAUUAUGGUAUUCAUGAGGAGAUGCUUCAAGAUUCUGUAAGAACCUUAUCCUAUAGAAAUGCCAUUGCUCAGAACAAGGAUUUAUUCAAGGAUAAGGUUGUUCUAGAUGUCGGUUGCGGGACAGGUAUUUUAUCGAUGUUCGCUGCUAAAUACGGUGCUAAACAUGUUAUUGGUGUCGAUAUGUCGAGUAUUAUUGAAAUGGCUCAACAGCUCGUCGAUUUGAAUGGGUAUGGUGACAAGAUCACUCUUCUACGUGGUAAAUUGGAGGAUGUUCAAUUACCUUUCCCCAAAGUGGAUAUCAUUGUCUCUGAGUGGAUGGGAUACUUUUUACUCUAUGAAUCCAUGUUAGAUACCGUUCUUUAUGCAAGAGAUCAUUUCUUAGUUGAAGGUGGAUUGAUUCUCCCAGAUAAAUGUUCUUUACACAUUGCAGGUUUAGAAGAUUUUCAAUACAAGGAUGAGAAAUUGAGCUAUUGGCAGGAUGUUUAUGGAUUUGAUUUUUCACCAUUCAUACCACACGUUAUGAAGGAACCAAUUGUAGACACGGUGGAAAGUCAAGUUGUCAACACGACAAAGUGUGAGUUAAUCGAAUUCGACUUAAACACUGUUCAAUUGUCGGACCUUUCAUUCACUGCUAAAUUUGAAGUACAAGCUAAAAGACGAGAUUGGAUUAAUGGUAUAAUUACUUGGUUCGACGUUAAGUUCCCUGCACCACCAGGUGAAAAGCCGGUCACCUUUUCUACUGGUGCACAUGCACCAUAUACGCAUUGGAAACAAUCUGUUUUCUAUACCGCCGAUGAUUUAGAAUGUGAAGAAGGUGACAUUUUGAAGGGUCAAAUAAUAUGCCAACCAAACAAAUUCCAUAAGAGAGAUUUGGACAUCAAGCUCACUUACGAUUUCCAGGCAAAGGGUGUGGAUGGUGACCGUAGAUGUAAGAAAAACACAAACUACUAUAUAAUGCACUAG